CAGUACUGUAAAAGAAUCAGUCACGUCUCUCCUCGUCUGUAGGAGAAAGCCCUUCAGUCUGAGAUCUUCAGUCUGCUCUGACUUAGUUGUGUAAGAUUUUCAGGAUGACCCACAACUUUCCAUCCCUGACCACUGAGCAAAAGAAGGAGCUUCAUGAGAUCGCUCUGCGCAUUGUGUCUCCGGGAAAAGGAAUCCUAGCGGCGGAUGAAUCUAUAGGCAGUAUGGGGAAGCGUUUGAACCAGAUAGGGGUGGAGAACACAGAGGAGAACCGGCGCCUCUACCGCCAAGUGCUCUUCACUGCUGAUGAUCGCAUUGACAACUGUAUCGGUGGAGUUAUCUUCUUCCACGAAACGCUCUACCAGAACUCAGAUGAUGGCAUCCCAUUUGUUAAGAUGAUAAAGGACAAGGGCAUGACUGUAGGAAUCAAGGUCGACAAAGGUGUGGUGCCCUUGUCAGGGACAAAUGGAGAGACCACUACACAAGGUCUGGAUGGGCUAUCAGAACGCUGUGCUCAGUAUAAAAAGGAUGGAGCUGACUUUGCAAAGUGGCGCUGUGUUAUGAAAAUCAGUGAUGCUACCCCGUCCGACCUGUGUGUUACAGAAAAUGCAAAGGUUCUCGCCCGCUAUGCCAGUAUCUGUCAGCAGCACGGCAUUGUACCCAUAGUGGAACCAGAGAUCCUGCCCGACGGAGACCAUGAUUUGAAAUGCUGCCAGUUUGUCACAGAGAGGGUGCUGGCAGCAUUGUACAAAGCCAUGUUCGAUCAUCAUGUGUAUCUGGAAGGCACACUACUCAAGCCCAACAUGGUGACCCCUGGACAUGGUUGCCCAACCAAAUACAGUGCGGAAGAGGUUGCCAUAGCAACAGUCACAGCUCUGCGCCGUACUGUCCCACCUGCAGUCACAGGAGUGACGUUACUCUCAGGCGGUCAAAGCGAAGAAGAGGCUUCCAUCAAUCUUAAUGCAAUCAAUAACUGCCCUCUGGUGAAGCCCUGGGCUCUCACCUUCUCGUUCGGCCGAGCUCUCCAGGCCUCGGCUCUGAAGACCUGGAGGGGACAGCGUGAAAACGAGAGAGCUGCAACUGAGGAGUUCAUCAAACGCGCAGAGAUCAACAGUCUGGCAGCCCAAGGGAAGUACACGUUUGGUGGGGAUAGCAGUGGUGCCACUGGUCUAUCCCAUUACCUGUCCAGCCAUGCAUAUUGAAAUGCUAUUGAUUUACAUACUUCAGCAUUAGCUGAACUCCACUGCCACUGCCAUAAAAACUAAAGUAGAUCGAUUAUAUUAACUCAUAAAUGUGAUGCUAAUAUAAAACUAAUAUAAAAUGUGUUCUUCGUGAAACUCAAUGAAGUGAUUGUUGAGUAUGUAUGAAUAGCUCUUACAGGUGAGUCUCAAGUGACGGAAUAUUGAUCCUUAUUACUUAUCGUCAACAUUAAUAAGGGUUUUCUGUUCAAUAGAUUUUAGAGGAUUUCGUUUCUUAGUUCAUAAGAUUUAUCUUGUGCUACGUGUCUGUAUUUCAUCUUUUCAGCAUUGAGAAUGUUCUGAUGACAAUAACAGCAUGAAGUUUGUUUUGGAGAUUUUGUAUGUUUGUCUUGAAUGUAUGAGCAAAGUGAACCGAAAAUGCUGCAAUAAAUCGUGAAAGCAUAA